UCGAAAAUCGAGUUCUCGUAAAAUGUCCACCAUUUUAUCGGUGCGGUACCGAUAACGUACUUUUCCGUCGAUAUGUAGAACGAAAAUGAAAAUAUUUCGUCAGGUACUGCCGUUCCUAGCCGUUUUGUGUCUUGCCAGUUUUAUUUACGGGAGUGCCACUUUAGGGGAAACCGGUUUAUCAAAAACCAAUAAAAUGCCUACAAGAAGGAAAUCUUUGCUAGCCCUACUAUACACAACUAACGCGAGUUUUUUCGACCCAGACCUACACGACGGUCGUAACCUUUGUAGAUGGCUCAAAGGGCUCAAACACCAAAGACAAAUGUGCCAAAGGAGGAAGGGCUUAUCGGAAAUCUUACUAGAAACCAGACAUUUAACUUUGAGCUCUUGUCAAAGGCAAUUUGAGUUCGAACACUGGAACUGCUCCACUAGCAACAUGAAAAAAUUCUUCAAAAAAACUUAUAGAGAAACCGCUUUUAUGUACAGUCUGGCAACGUCAGCUCUGGCAUACGCGGUUGCCAGAGCAUGUCAAGAAGGGAGCAUGACGAACUGUAAAUGCGGAGAGCAUCCUAAAAGUGACAGCUCGGCCGAGUGGGAAUGGGGAGGUUGCUCGGUUAACACGAAACAGGCCUCGGUGUUCGUGGAAAAAUUUUUGCAAUUGAAGAAAUCAGGUGAUAAGCCCGACAGGGUGAUGAAGUACAACAGCAGAGUUGGGUUGAGGGUCGUCAAGAAUAAGACUAAGUUGGAAUGCAAGUGUCAUGGAGUAUCAGGUGCCUGCACCCACAAAACCUGCUGGAAAGUAAUGGUUCCCUUCGACAAAGUAGCGGAAAACCUAAAACAACUCUACCACACAGCGAUCCAAGUAGAGCCGGACAACAACGCCCACGACAUCAGCGUAAUCAAAAAACGAAAACAGCUGAUCUUCCUGGACUCCUCGCCGAAUUUCUGUGAUUCCCACAGGACGUGGUGGUUGCCCACCAGGGGGCGCAGAUGUCAGAACAUCGACGACUGCGCCACCUUGUGUUGCGGCAACGGACACGUGACUAGCACGCGCCAAGUGGUGGAAAAGUGUAACUGCGAGUGGCGGGAAGGCGUCAUCGAGUUGAAAUGCGAGAAUUGUUUUAGGGAGGAGACUUUGUAUCAUUGUAAAUAGAUGACGUUGCAUUGGCGAUAUUUUUGUGAUAAAGGAAUUAUUUUAAAUGUUA